UGCAGAGCGUAUUACAACAGACCGGAAGACUAAAGAAUGAUGAAGUUCUUGGGAGCCUUCACACUGCCCAGGGGAUGGCUGGCCAAGGGCAUAGCAACAAGAAGCAGGGGGUGUCUGGUGAGAGCUCUUCCUCCGUUCUCAACGCUGGGACCAUACAGAUCACUAAGCAUGAAAAGGAUUUCAGAGCCAAGCAGCUUAUUAAAACAUCACUGCUUGAAAAUGAUUUCCUGAGAAACAUAGAACCUGGCCAGAUGAGGGAGAUCAUUGAUUGUAUGUACCCGAGAGUUUGCGUCAAAGGCAGUUUCUUGAUCAAAGAAGGGGAAGCUGGAAGUCACCUUUAUGUAUCUGCUUGUGGAGAGUUUGAAGUAAUGAAGAAUGGAGAAGUUCUUGGCAAAAUGGGUCCUGGAAGAGCGUUUGGAGAGUUGGCAAUCCUGUAUAACUGCACAAGAACUGCUUCAAUCAGAGUUCUUGAAACUGGUGAAGUUUGGGUGUUGGACAGAAGAGUUUUCCAGAAUAUUAUGCAAAGGUCUGGCUUGCAGCGCAGGGAAGAGAGCAUUUUAUUUCUUCGUAGUGUUCCAUUGCUUCAGAGGUUAAAUGAAGACGUGCUUAGCAAGAUUGCAGAUUCAUUACAAUUGGAAUUUUAUCCUGGGGGUCAUUACAUUGUACGCCAAGGAACACCAGGAGACACGUUUUACAUUUUGAGUGGAGGAAAUGUUAAAGUGACGAAGAAAACAACAGAUGGGACAGAAGAAGAGGUAAGAAAACUAUCUAGAGGAGAUUAUUUUGGAGAACAAGCACUGCUCAAAGAAGAUUCAAGAACUGCAAACGUCAUCGCACUUUCACCAGGAGUUGAGUGUCUAACACUUGAUAGAGAGUCAUUCUUGCUAUUAAUUGGAGAUCUUAGUGAGCUCCAAGAUAAGGACUAUGGGGACAAAAAUAAAGUUUCUAGGCCUCCAAGCAGGGAUAGUUUCACAGAUAGUGAAACUGAUUAUGAAGAACUAGAUCUUGAAGACCUGGACAUAGUAGCUACAUUAGGAGUCGGUGGUUUUGGAAGAGUGGAACUUGUGAAAUCAAAACAAGGAGCUGUUUAUGCUUUGAAAUGCAUGAAGAAGUGCCAUAUCAUCCAAACCCAUCAAAUUACUCACGUCUUUAGCGAAAGAGAUAUAUUGUUCUCUGUUCGCUCUCCUUUUGUUUGCAGACUAUUUCAAACAUUCAAGGAUAACAAAUACGUAUAUCUCUUGAUGGAAGCUUGCUUGGGAGGAGAGGUUUGGAGUUUGCUCAGAGACAGGGCAUUUUUUGAUGACUCAACUGCAUGUUUCAUUACUGCGUGUGUCGUAGAAGCCUUGGACUACCUACAUCGAAGGAACAUUGUUUACAGGGAUCUAAAACCUGAAAAUUUGAUGCUAGACAAUCAAGGUUUUGUCAAAAUGGUUGAUUUUGGUUUUGCCAAAAAAUUACCAUCAUGCAGUGCCAAAACAUGGACAUUUUGCGGAACACCUGAAUACGUUGCUCCAGAAGUCAUCCUCAAUAGAGGCCAUGAUAAAGCUGUAGAUUACUGGGCUCUUGGGAUCCUGAUGUUUGAGCUGUUAACUGGCAUACCACCGUUUUCUGCUAAUGAUCCAAUGAAGAUUUACAAUCUAAUUCUAAAGGGCAUCGAUAGCGUCGACUUCCCGAGAAACAUAACAAAGACAGCACAAAACCUAAUUAAGAAACUUUGCAAGGAACUCCCCGGGGAAAGAUUGGGCUGCCAUCAUGGAGGAAUAUUAGAUAUUAAAAAGCACAAAUGGUUUCAAGGAUUUGACUGGAAUGGUCUCGGUUCUAGAACUAUAACUCCACCUAUAAUACCAAAGCUGAAUGGCACUACAGAUACUUCAUAUUUUGAUAAAUUUCCUAAAGAAACAGAAUUCCCUCCAGACGAAUUGUCAAAUUGGGAUCAAGACUUCUGAUAUUCUGCCCAGCUUUAUUUUCGCUAAAGUACCAUGACUUUGGGGCUUCCACUAAUGUCACAUAUGUAUAUAAUGUGAUGUGUAUAUAUAAUUUACAUGUAUUAUAUUUUUUGUACGUAUGUAAUAUAUAACUAAUAAAUAAAACCAAACCUUUCAUACUGAUGGAACAUAUUGUUUAAUACAAUCCUCUUCCUAUUAUUUGAAAAU